CGAGACACUCCGGGUUCUUAGCAGACAGGUGAGUGAGCGGCAGAGUGACUGGCGGCCAGAAGAGCGGAGGGCGCCGACACUGCGCAGAGCUGCACCGGGGGCACAGUCCUCACACGGCAGGGGCCUAGGUUGUAUAUCCUUUGUGACGUCAUCCCUGCAAAAUGGGGCUCCGGACCUGGACGUUGUGUGCUCUCCUCUCCGUUUUCCUGGUAAUCCUGCUGCCCUCCCAGACAGAGUCUGUGGCCGUCAUGUCUGUUGAUAUGGGCUCUGAAUGGAUGAAAAUUGCAAUCGUGAAACCCGGAGUUCCUAUGGAAAUUGUUUUGAACAAGGAGUCGAGGAGAAAAACGCCGUGUGCCGUUGCUUUGAAAGACAAUGAGCGUCUCUUUGGGGACAAUGCUGUAGGGAUGGCAGCGAAGAAUCCCAAGGUGACAAUGCGGUACUUUCAGGACUUGUUAGGGAAGCGGGCAGAGAACCCACAAGUUGAGAGUUUUAGAAACCGGUUCCCAGAGUACAAUGUUGUGAAGGAUGAAGAGCGGGGCACGGUUCUUUUGAAGCUUUCAGAAGAGCUGACUUACACCCCGGAGGAAUUGCUGGCCAUGAUGCUGAAUUACUCCAGAAUUCUGGCUGAAGAAUUUGCAGAGCAAACCAUUAAGGAUAUAGUGAUUACCGUCCCAGCCUUCUUUAAUCAGGCAGAACGCAGAUCUGUUCUCCAAGCUGCCAAACUAGCUGGUCUGAAAGUGCUUCAGCUUAUCAAUGAUAACACUGCUGUGGCUCUGAACUACGGCGUUUUCCGAAGAAAUGAUAUUAACUCAACCGCGCAGAACAUAAUGUUCUAUGAUAUGGGAUCGAGGAGUACAACAUGCACGAUUGUGACUUAUCAGACCACGAAGACUAAAGAGUCCGGCAUCCAGCCACAGCUUCAAAUUCGAGGUGUUGGAUUUGACCGAUCUCUUGGUGGCUUGGAGGUAGACCUGAGGCUUCGGGACCGCUUGGCCAAGCUUUUCAACGAACAAAAGAAGUCCAGGAAGGACAUUCGAGAGAACCCCAGGGCCAUGGCUAAACUCCUCAAGGAGGCAAAUCGUGUUAAGACCAUCCUGAGUGCCAACAAUGAUCACAUGGCACAGAUUGAGGGGCUUAUGGAUGACAUCGACUUUAAAUCCAAAGUAACUCGUCAAGAUUUAGAGGAGCUGUGUGGCGAUCUCUUUGAAAGGGUUUCUUCUCCCGUGCAGAAAGCUUUGAGUAGUGCCGAGAUGAAAAUGGAUGAAAUUGAUCAGGUCAUCAUAGUGGGAGGCAGCACUCGUAUCCCCAAAGUUCAAGAGCUACUGCUUAAAGCUGUGGGCAAAGAGGAGCUUGGAAAGAACAUAAAUGCAGAUGAAGCUGCCUCAAUGGGGGCCGUUUACCAGGCGGCUGCUCUGAGUAAAGCAUUUAAAGUGAAGCCAUUUGUGGUCCGAGACGCUGCAGUUUUUCCAAUACAGGUGGAGUUUACCCGAGAAGUGGAGGAAGAAAACGUAAAAAGCUUGAAGCACAAUAAGAGAAUUCUCUUCCAGAGGCUGGCACCGUACCCGCAGCGCAAAGUGAUCACCUUCAAUCGAUACAAUGAUGACUUUGAAUUCAACAUUAAUUAUGGAGACCUGAGCUUCCUGGACGCUGAGGAUCUGAAGAUUUUUGGAUCACUGAACCUCACUACUGUUAAACUCCGUGGAGUCGGGGAGAGUUUUCAGAAGAACGUAGACUAUGAGUCAAAAGGUAUCAAGGCGCACUUCAACAUGGAUGAAAGUGGAAUACUCAGUCUUGACAGGGUGGAAGCUGUUUUCGAGACCGUAGUAGAGGAGAAGCCAGAGCAGGAAUCCACAUUGACAAAGCUGGGAAAUACUAUAUCAAGUUUAUUUGGAGGAGGCAGUUCCACCGCAGAGAGUAAGGAAAAUGCCACAGAUAGUGUCCAGGAAGAAGAGGAGGUGCCUACUGAGGCCACAAAAGAGGAUGAUCAGGAAUCCACAACACCAGCUAGUGAGCAAGCUAAUUCAGACACUAAAGCAGAGGACAAAAAAAUGGAAGAGAAAAAGGAGGGUGAAAAAGUAGAGAACAAGGACUCCAAGGAAAAAGAAGAAACUACAAAAGAAGCUGAGUCUACAAAGUCACCGGAAGAAGAGCCCCAAAAACCACCACCUCCUCCUAAGAAGCAGAAACUUGUUGAUGAAAUAGGAGCAGAGCAGACCGUUAAUGAUAUACAAGAUCUUGCAGAGGAAGAGGUGAAGAGAUCUGUUAAGAAGCUGCAGGAGCUCACUGAGCGAGAUCUGGAGAAACAUGAGAGAGAAAAAGCUGCAAAUAGCUUAGAAGCUUUUAUAUUUGAGACCCAGGACAAACUAGAACAAAAUGAGUUCCGGAAAGUGUCUACAAAAGAUCAGAGAGAGGAGAUCUUGCUCAAGCUUAGCCAAGCCUCAACCUGGUUAGAAGAUGAGGGAUAUACAGCAGCCACUAAGGAGCUUAAGGACAAGCUAAGUGAACUUAAGAAGGUGUGCAAGUCAUUAUUUUUCAAGGUUGAAGAGAGAAGAAAGUGGCCAGAAAAGUUGUCGGCUCUGGACAGUUUGCUGAAUCACUCGUCUAUUUUUCUGAAGAGUGCGAGGAUGAUCCCUGAUGAUGAUCCUAUAUUUACAGAAAUUGAGCUAAAUACACUGGAAAAGCUCAUUAAUGACACCUGGGUCUGGAAAAACGAAACUCUGGCAGAGCAAGCCAAGUUACCAGCCACCGAGAAACCAAUCUUGUUGUCUAAAGAUAUUGAGCAAAAGCUAGCAGCUUUAGACAGGGAGAUUCAGUACCUGCUAAACAAGGCAAAGUUUUCCAAACCCAAACCUAAGCCCAAGCCGAAAAGUAACACCACAAAAUCGGACAACGGAGAGAAGAAUACAACGGAGAGUGCUGAGAAAAAAAAAGAGGGCACGGAAGCAGAGCCACCCAGUGAACCUGAGCCUGCAAAGGAGCCUCCAACGGAAGAGAAGGUUUUAGAAUUGGAAGGUUCUGAAGCAGGUAAUCCGGGCCAUGCAGAGGAAUUUUAAUGCUCUGGUUACAUAGUAAGAUUCAGAUUCAUCGACGCAGAAACCUUCAGAAGAGAAGCAGAAGACCGAGUUAUAACCCUGUGUCACCUGCAAUCCACGCUGGCACUUGUAUUUAUUGACAUUACUUUUUUGUAAUGGACCCCAAUGGUUUCAGACAAACUGAACUCUAUUUUUUUUUUUUUUUUUUUUUUUUUUCAAGAAAACAAAAAGAAAACUGUUCUUCAGAUGUAUAUUUCUGUCUUGUCAGAGCAAUGUUAGAAUUUUUGUUACCUUGUGUGUUUUGUCGUGUUUUAUUUAACUCUGGGUGUACACAGGAAGAGACCGAAUUCGUGCUGGAAGGCCAUUUCAAUUGCUCUAGCAUUUUGGAGACAACAUAGAAAUCUACCGCUGACAGGCCUAAUAUUACUACGUGGAGCAGCUUUUUUUCCAGCAUGAGAAAAAUGCACACAAAAAAAAGCUUUGAUGUAAAGAAUAUGUUUUGUGUGCUAAAACUUUCACUUCAGAUGCUUAACUGUGACAUGAAAUCCUCGCCAAUCGCAAUAACUUUCUGAUCGGCACUGCCUUUCUUCUUCGACUUUGGGUCUGAGCGCUAGGGCAGUGUCUAGUUGUCCCAAGGUCCCUUUUAGGUGAAUUAUUUAGGGAGUCGCUUUCAACUGGAAACAUACAUGCUCAUCAGAAAUUGAAUAGCUAUGACCGACUCUGGAUCACAGCCGUGGAACCUGUGCGCUCUGAUAAUCGGUUUACUUGCGAACAAAGGGACUGCUAUGCUGCUGGAAGUACCUGACCCCCUUACCUGGCCUUAAGGUGGAUUCACUUUUUUUUUUUUUUUUUAUAACCAUUGCAGUUUUGUGAGCCAAAACUAGAGAUGGAUCCAGCAGAGAGGAGAACUAAAACUCCUUCCUUUUUUUAUGUUUCUCAUUCCUUUUGAGUUCUGUCUUGGCUUUGGCUCCAAAUACUUCCUAAAAAAAAAAAAAAUGCAAUGGUGAUUUCCCAAGGGCAUGAAACCACCCAUAGUCUGAAUGCACUAAAGUAGGCGGCUUUUUUUGUGGGGAAAGUUGGCGCAAAUUUGCUUCACCAAGAAUGCUAAUUUCAAAUUAAAUGCUUAUGAUGGACAAUGGAUCAGAGCUGUGAAGCUCUGAUCAUCUGUUUACUUGCAGAAAAAAGGGACUGCUUUGCUACUGGGAGUAUCUGAACCCCCUUAUUUUUUUUUAUUUUUUCCUUUCAAGUCCCAUUGAGUUUUAAAGGACAUCUGUCAGCAGAUUUGUACC